CCCCACCAACAGCACUCUUUCCCCCACUGACCCCACCAACAGCACUCUUUCCCCCACUGACCCCACCAACAGCACUCUUUCCACCAUUGACCCCACCAACAGCACUCUUUCCCCCACUGACCCCACCAACAGCACUCUUUCCCCCACUGACCCCACCAACAGCACUCUUUCCACCAUUGACCCCACCAACAGCACUUUUUUCACCACUGCCACCACCAACAGCACUCUUUCCCCCAUUGACCCCACCAACAGCACUCUUUCCACCAUUGCCCCCACCAACAGCACUUUUUUCACCACUGCCACCACCAACAGCACUCUUUCCCCCACUGACCCCACCAACAGCACUCUUUCCCCCACUGCCCCCACCAACAGCACUCUUUCAAACAGCACUCUUUCCAAUAGCACUCUUUCCCCCACUGCCCCCACCAACAGCACUCUUUCCACCAGCACUCUCUCCACCACUGCCAUCCACACAACCCAGUCAACCCACCCUCCUCUGAGCUGUGCCAAUGGAGGUUUGCUACAGAAUGGAUUCUGUGUCUGUCCCGUUGAAUGGACUGGAGGAACCUGCUCAAUAGAAAAUUUCUGCAUGGAAGAAACCAUUCAAGGGUUUAAUUUCCCAAGAACUACCAUCGGUUGGUUCAGUUAUUCUAAGCAGAAGUGUGGACCUAAUACAUCUAGUGUGAAUGUGCCCAGAGCUUCAGCAAGGUGUACUGGUCAAUAUGGGACUCAAAAGUUUGAUACCCCAAAUGUCUUACAGUGUGACUUAACUUUCAGCAACAUUCAAGAAAAUCUAUCCAGCGACACAUCUGAUUUGCUGCAGUUAGCGAGCAGUACUCAGAUUCUGACGUCAAAUGCAGAGACGUUAACAGCUGAUAAUGUUACCAAAGCGAUUGACAUCACCAACACCCUCCUUGAAAGGUCUUCAAAUAUCUCGGAGGCAGUUGCCGUGGCAGCAUUGACCACUGUUAGUCAGCUGCUGGAGGCUUCUGUACCGGACAGUGUGGCAGAGACGUCUUUAAAGCUAACAAGAAGUUUAGAGAAUAUCUCACAGGGGUCAGACGACACAUCUCUAGUGGCCCAGCCCAACCUCGCUGUCCAGUCUGUCGUACUAACCAGUAAUGACAUAGUCGGCGUCCAGUUCUCUGCACAAACAGGAUUAUUUGGUAAUUUUGCUGCUGAUAGAAUUAGACUAAAUGCCAACGCUUCUGAACUUGUGUCUGACGAUGGAGAGGCCACUGAUGUGCAGAUAUUCAUUAGAUUAUCACCAGGAGUGCGGCGUCGAAGUUCUGGCAUCUCUGUUGGAUUUGUGCUCUACCAGAACACCUGGUUCUUCAGGUCAAGGGAGUUCAGAGCCCACUUGGACAGUCGUACCAGGAUCAUCUUGGGAAAUGUGAAAGGAGCUGGAAGGAUGGGUGUUGACCAUGUUGAAAUGGUCUUCAGACCAGUCAAUGUCCCCAACACAACCUUCUAUGACUUUGCAUGCGUGUCUUGGAACUACACCAAAGGUGAAUGGAGCACGGAUGGGUGCUACAAAUUCAACGUUUCCCCUGAGGCCCUGCAUUGUUUUUGCAAUCAUACCACAAACUUUUCUGCUCUAAUGGCAAGUGUCCUUUCUCAACUCUGUCUUUACUGCCCUCAGCUGUAA